AUGUUUCUCUCGAUUGGCCAGCUUGGAGCAGCCAUAUUCGGAGCACUCAUCAGCAUACUUGCUUUCAAUACUUGGGCACCUUUCGACGCAAUCUUUGACUAUGUUGUUGUCGGCGGAGGAACAGCAGGCGUGACGGUUGGGGUUCGUCUGGCCCAGCAUGGCUUUCGGGUUGCGCUGGUCGAAGCAGGUGGAUAUUACGAACUUAAAAAUCCUAUCGCCCGAAUACCCGGUGCAGCGAUCAUAGGGAUUGGCGCCAGUCCCAAGUCAUCGACGCCAGUGGAUUGGAAGUUCGUGGCCCAUGCUGUUCCUGGGGCGGGUUUUCGCGACAUUCAUUAUCCAAGGGGCAAGUGCUUGGGGGGAUCGCCAUCAAAGGACGCCAUGAGAAUAUGGGCAGAUCUGGUCGACGAUACAAGCUAUCUCUUUGAGAACUGUUUCCCUUUAUACAAGAAGACAGUGACAUUCUCGCCUCCUGUAGGUCGAGCAGCUGGUGUGCCGUCCUAUAAAGAAUCCAGUUUCAGCUCCUCUGGGGAACCGCUGCAUGUUUCGUACCCAAAGCACGCAAUGGAAUUUUCUAACUGGGCACAAGAUGCCUUCACAGAGGCAGGAUUGCCAGAAGCUGAAGACUUUAAUAGCGGAUCACUUAUGGGCCACCAAUUCUGCACCAUGACCAUCCGACCGACCGACCAGACAAGAAGUACAUCAGAGUCGGCGUUUAUGGGAGGCUUCAAACAACUGGAGAAUGUGACUGUGUACCAGAAGACUCUAGCCAAAAAGAUACUGUUUGAUGGUGAACGUCGUGCUAUUGGGGUCCGCGUGAAGCACAAAUGGUCAUACACUUUGAAGGCAACUAAAGAGGUGAUAAUAUCUGCGGGCGCAUUCCAGUCUCCACAACUUUUGAUGGUCUCUGGGGUUGGGCCGGUCGAUACCCUUCAAAAGCAUGGCAUUACAGUCGUCGCCGAUCGGCCUGGCGUGGGCCAGAAUAUGUGGGACCAUGUAUUCUUUGGGCCUUCAUACCCUGUCACGGUAAAUACAUUCACGGAUAUGGUGUGGCAUCUGGACCAUCUUUUCCUCCAGGUAUUGAAUUGGCUCCUUUUUAAGAAAGGAAUGUUAUCGAAUCCUUCGACCGACUAUCUGGGCUUCGAGAAGAUUCCAUCGCAGUUCCGGUCUAUAUUAUCUGCCCGAGAUGAAGAGGCACUGUCCUGGUUCCCUGCAGAUUGGCCGGAGGUGGAGUAUCUUGUGGCUUCGGCAUAUGUCGGUAACUUCUCAAGUCCCUUUUGGCAGCAACCGAGCCUUGGCCAGUAUGGUAGCAUCGUCGCCAGUAUAGUUGCCCCGACAUCUCGCGGGAAUGUGAUGAUCAAUUCAGCGAACAUGGCCGAUCCACCGAUCAUCAAUCCAAAUUGGCUCGCAACUGAAACGGAUCAAAGAGUAGCAGUCGCAGCUUACAAACGAAUCCGCGAUAUUUUCAAUACCACCGCCAUGAAGCCUGUUCUUGCGGGGCCGGAAUACUUCCCAGGGUUCUCGGUCAGUACCGAUGAUGAGAUACUUGCUUUGAUAAAGCAAACUAUGAUGACAAUUUAUCAUGCUGCGUGUACCUGUAAAAUGGGUGUUCAAAAUGACAGUAUGGCAGUUGUUGAUAGUCGAGCGAGGGUUUUUGGUGUCUCUGGUUUGAGGGUAGUGGAUGCUAGUGCAUUCCCAAUCCUACCAGCUGGCCACCCCCAAUCAACUGUUUAUAUGCUAGCUGAAAAGAUCGCUGCGGAUAUUUUGGCUACAUAG